AUGAAGCAGCAGGAAACUUCCGAUCGGAGAACAAAAAGACGGGAGGAAAUACAAAAUGAUGCUCGAAAAGGGACGAGGAAGGCGGCGGAUAGUCAGUCAGGUGGACAGGCCAAGUGCGGAAGUGAGGGCGACGGUUAGCAUGUUUGUCCAUUGACACGCGUCAGGUAACAAGCCGAGCGGCCGCCCGUUUAAGACCGGCCCGAUCAACUCAUCAACUCCGUGCGCUUCCUUGAUCAGCAAAGCAUACAGCGCUGGCCACUGGUCAGCUUUGCGCCCGACUCUCAACUACUUUCACCGCUCCACAUCAUCCCUAUCAGACGUGACCAAACAAGCCAGCAGCUUGGGAAAGACGGUGUUAAUCCUGAUCUUGUUUGCUGACCGGUAG